AUGACAUAUCGAGGUCAACAUUCAACAACAGGUCGACAAUCAGCAUCAGGUCAGGUCAACACUCAGACACAGGUCAACACUCAGACACAGGUCAACAUUCAGAUACAGGUCAACACUCAGACACAGGUCAACACUCAGACUCAGGUCAACACUCAGACUCAGGUCAACACUCAGACUCAGGUCAAUACUCAGACUCAGGUCAACACUCAGACACAGGUCAACACUCAGACUCAGGUCAACACUCAGACACAGGUCAACACUCAGACACAGGUCAACACUCAGACACAGGUCAACACUCUCUCAUGGUACUCUCAAAGAAUUCGACGAAUGGUGACCAACGUGACAAGUCUAAUUUCACUCUGA